GUAAAUCAAAGCAUCAUACAGUCAGUUCGACGUGCCAACAUGCUUUUUUCAAUAUCUUAGUCUCACAGAAGUUUGCUUCAUUGUGCAAACUGCUGUUACAAAAUUUUCAAGGAAUCAAGGGUGACAGCAUUUUUGACCUUAAACACAUUAACUCAAGGAUGAAAAGUGGAGUUUAUGAAGAUUCACCUUUGCUCUUCUCAAAGGAUAUGCAACAGGUAUGGAGAAAGCUUCAAGGGGUUGGUACAGAAUUGAUUUCCCUUGCAAAAAGCCUCUCGGACAUGUCAAGGACUUGCAAGGACCAGGUUGGAGGUUCAGGCUACAACACGUUCGAAGUUAGUAAUAAUGAGCUUCAAGCCUUGGAAUCUGACUCUCAUACUAAACUGGAGCAGACAGGGGAUUGUGGUGUAUACACUGUAUGCACUUGCAGGCACUGUGGAAACAAGGCAAAUGGGAGUGAUUGUCUAGUAUGUGAUUCAUGUGAGGAGAUGUACCAUGUAUCUUGCAUUCAGCCUGUUGUCAAAAACAUUCCUACAAAAAGUUGGUAUUGUGCAAGUUGCACUGCUUGUGGUAUUGCAUCACCGCAUGUGAAUUGUGAAGCGUGUGAAAGGCUGAUUGCCAGCAAAAGUCUAGUUGAUGGAGUUGGCGGUGAAAAUGUUCCUACAAAUGAGGAAACAGUCAAUGAGUUGGGUGAUAACUCAAAUUAUAGUACAGAUGAUGGAGUUCAACUGUCUGAAGAGAACGAAGACUUGAAUCUUUGCAAAGUUUGUGGAGUUAUUGUAGAAAAGGGUGAGAUGGUGAAAAUUUGUGGUCAUCCAUUCUGCAUGAACAAGUACUACCACAUGAGGUGUCUGACGGCAGGGCAGUUAAAGAUGUAUGGCUCGCGUUGGUAUUGCCCUUCUUGUCUAUGUAGAGCUUGUCUCACUGACAAAGAUGAUGAUAAGAUAGUUCUUUGUGAUGGCUGCGAUCAUGCUUUCCAUAUCUAUUGCUUGAACCCACCACUCUGUUCCAUUCCAGAAGGAAAAUGGUUUUGCAGAAAAUGUGACGCAACAAUUCAGAUGAUACGCAGGGCAAAAAGAGCUUAUCAAAAUAAUGAAAAGCAACAGGGUAAGAAAAGUGAAGGAUCAAUUGAAUGGAAUGUAAAAGUUGAUGAUGGGCAAUCUGAACAAAGUAGAGGGGGAAUGGAUGUGCUUCUGCAUGCAGUCAAGACUUUAGAUCAUCAAAAGGAUAUGGCUGCGACUGAGAUAAUGAGAAGUUUUCAGGACUCACAAAAUUUGUAGCGAUUUAGACUUGGAUUUUGAUACACUGAAGGCUAAAACUUUCUUUUUUGGUCUGUCAUUUGAGGGUGAUAUACCGAAUGAAAGAUUUGAUGGCAGGGGAAUCAGAACAAUGUAGAGAGGUGUUUUAGCUGGUAUCUGCAGCAACUGUGUGGCAUGGAUGCAUUUCUAGGAGCUGUCAAGACUCUAGAUCAUGGAAGGGGAUGAAGUGUUAACAACAUGACAAUUCCAGGACUGACUAGUUCUCUGUGAGUAACGAUUUUGUUUUUGCAGUUAUAUUACUCUAGGCUAAGAAUUUCUUAGUUGCUGCCUUGUUUUGGGGAAUAUUUUUGUAGGUUGUAAACUCUGUUAGUCUGCUAACUUUGGAUACAUAACACAGCGAAAGAAAUUAUUCUAAAGGCUGUAUAUGUAGCUUUCUCCUUGCCAAAGUGCACAAUUUGAGAAAAUGACAUAGCAUUUGGG